CCCUCCCGUCCCCAUCGCUCUCCCCACCCACCACGUACCAGCCAAGCCACCGUCUCUCUCCCGCGCUCGCGCGCGCCGCCGCUUCGCACCACCAAGACACGAUGCGGGGGUCCCUCCUCGCCCGGCAGCUGGCGCGGCGGCUGCUGAGCAACUUGCCGGAAUCGACCGUCUAUGGGGGGCCGCGCCCGCAGGAGGCCUCGGCGGCGCGGCGCGUGACGGUGACCACCCUCCGCGGGAAGCACCGCCGCGGGGAGCCCAUCACCGUCGUCACCGCCUACGACUACCCCUCGGCGGUCCACGUCGACUCCGCGGGCAUCGACGUCUGCCUCGUGGGGGACUCCGCCGCCAUGGUCGUCCACGGCCACGACACCACGCUCCCCAUCUCGCUCGACCUCAUGCUCGAGCACUGCCGCGCCGUGGCCCGAGGCGCACCACGCCCGCUGCUCGUCGGGGACCUCCCUUUUGGGUGCUACGAGUCCUCGGCCGCGCAGGCUGUUGAUUCAGCUGUAAGGGUGCUAAAAGAAGGUGGAAUGGAUGCAAUCAAGCUUGAAGGGGGUGCGCCGUCGAGGAUCACUGCAGCUAAAGCUAUUGUGGAGGCUGGGAUUGCUGUCAUGGGGCAUGUUGGCCUCACACCACAAGCUAUUAGUGUGCUCGGUGGAUUUAGGCCUCAAGGGAAGACAGUUGAUAGUGCUGUAAAGGUUGUGGAGACAGCACUGGCUUUGCAGGAGGCUGGUUGCUUCUCAGUUGUGUUGGAGUGUGUGCCUGCUCCAGUGGCAGCCGCUGCAACAUCAGCAUUGCAAAUCCCAACAAUUGGCAUAGGGGCUGGACCAUUCUGCAGUGGACAGGUGUUAGUCUACCAUGACUUGUUGGGGAUGAUGCAGCACCCACAUCAUGCCAAGGUCACACCAAAAUUCUGCAAACAAUUUGGUGAUGUGGGUAAUGUCAUCAACAGGGCAUUAUCGGAGUAUAAGAAAGAAGUGGAAACUCGGACAUUCCCUGGUCCAAGCCACACACCAUAUAAAAUAACUCCAACGGAUGUUGAUGGCUUUGCGAAUGCGCUACAGAAGAUGGGUUUGAGUGACGCUGCAGAUGCUGCUGCGGCCGCUGCUGAAAACAGUGGGACUGAUGGAGGGCCAAAAGAAAAUAGUUGAUUUUGUCGGUUGUUUUCAGCAAGAACACAAGAUCUAGACUAGAGAAUGUAAGGGCAGUCCGGUAGCCUGCCUAGCAUAAUGGUUUCCAGCAGUAGUGCAAUCUUGCCAUAGGCGUAAACUGAAGCUGGGAACCCUUUCAAUGUCGUUGUAGGAGGACAGUGGGGAUCCUCUGAUAUUGAAUAAGGCUGAGCUAUAGCAUCUGGACAGACCUGAAUGCUUUCGGGUUAGGAUUGUAGAGAAAUCUAUGGAGCAGUCCCUUAAAUUAACGCCGCAUACUGGGAUUAUACCUUGCGGUUCCAGCACUAGCUUUGAAUGUUUUCUGUCGCAUGCCAAUUUGCUGAA